GUUUUCAAUCUUUUCCUGUUGCAUUUCUAUGUUCAAAUUCCUUUCUUUUUUAUCUAUUCCACAUUUUCAUGAAUACCAACAAAGCUUUGUCCACUUGUAUCAAAAGUAAAGUAAUCGAAUGAAGGAAAAAAAAUAACAGCUUGCAAUAGCAUGUCUCUAUGUGACUUCAAUACAUACAAGAAACCAACCUGGUAAUUUUCACAAGACAGGGAAUUCAUUCUCACCUGGAAUUGGAAAGUCCCUGGAUUCCCAUUUGUUUUUCAUCAUAUUGCUUCAAGCUUUUUCUCUUUUCCAUUUGUAUCAAUCUACAGAAACUUAAAUACAAGAAUUGAAGGAGACCAUGGCCAUUAAAGAGGACAUAGAGAGAGGUAACGACAGUGUUCUUGAAAGCGCAGCUGUAUCUCUCUUGCAAGAAGAGAAUGAUAUGGCCGAUAAGGAAGAUGGAUACACUGAUCAAACAAGCAGCAAAGCAAGUCUGUGGAUGGUUUACUUCAGUACCUUUGUUGCUGUGUGUGGUUCAUUUGAGUUUGGAUCUUGUGCAGGCUAUUCAUCGCCGACUCAGACCGCCAUCAGGACGGAUCUCUCUCUGUCUCUAGCAGAGUAUUCAGUGUUUGGUUCUAUAUUGACUUUUGGUGCAAUGAUUGGUGCGAUCACAAGUGGACCGAUUGCUGAUUUUAUCGGUCGGAAAGGGGCAAUGAGAACAGCUACUGGAUUUUGUGUUGGAGGGUGGCUUGCCAUUUACUUCGCUAAGGGAGCUUUGUUGUUGGACGUUGGAAGACUGGCAACAGGUUAUGGUAUGGGAGUCUUCUCGUAUGUGGUACCAGUAUUCAUUGCUGAAAUCGCACCAAAGAAUCUUCGAGGAGCAUUAACAACUAUAAAUCAGCUUAUGAUCUGCACUGGAGUAUCUGUUGCCUUCAUAAUAGGUACAGUUCUAACAUGGAGAGCUUUAGCACUAACAGGACUUAUUCCUUGUGCAGUUCUACUCUUUGGACUCUUUUUCAUUCCAGAGUCUCCUAGAUGGCUGGCAAAGAUUGGACGUGAAAAGGAAUUCGAAGCUGCACUACAAGAUCUUCGUGGCAAGGAUACUAAUAUAUCAAAGGAGGCAGAUGAGAUUCGGGACUAUAUAGAGACCCUCGAACGGCUUCCGAAAGCCAAAAUGAUGGAUCUGUUUCAACAAAGAUACUUGAACUCAGUCAUUAUAGGAGUUGGACUAAUGGUCUUUCAACAAUUUGGAGGGAUCAAUGGUAUCUGCUUUUAUGUCAGCAAUAUUUUCGAGAUGGCAGGAUUUUCUGCAGCUGUUGGGACAAUAAUCUAUGCUAUUCUUCAGGUUGUCAUCACUGGCCUUAACACAACCGUCAUCGAUAAAGCUGGAAGAAAGCCUCUAUUACUGGUUUCUUCAACAGGACUGGUCCUUGGUUGUAUACUAUCUGGGGUUUCAUUCUAUCUUAGGGAUCAUAAUUUGGCACUCGAUGCAGUUCCCAUUCUUGCUGUAACAGGCAUAUUGAUAUACAUAAGUGCCUUUUCAGCUGGGAUGGGUGCAGUUCCUUGGGUUAUAAUGUCUGAGAUAUUCCCUAUAAAUAUCAAAGGAGCGGCCGGAAGCCUCGCAACGCUGGUGAACUGGUUUGGUGCAUGGGCAGUUUCUUACACUUUCAACUUCCUUAUGAGCUGGAGCGCCUAUGGUACCUUCAUUCUUUAUGCUGCAAUUAAUGCAGGGGCUAUAUUGUUUGUGGUCACAUUGGUACCUGAAACAAAAGGGAAAACCUUGGAACAAAUUCAAGCAGCCAUUAAUGCAUGAAAGCAGAUUAUCUUUGAGAGAAUAAAGAGCAUUUACAGAUGCUUUACAAAAUCAAACAAAAAUGGACGCUACAUUUUGGGUGAUACAGUUAUAUUUGUAUGAUGGGAAUGAUUUAUAUCAAAAACCGGAGGAGAAAUAAAUACAAAGGCAACAUCUCUUCACACAAAAUAAAGCUAAUGAGAAAUAGACUUCUGUUAGCUUUUUCUUUAAGAUGAAUCCUCAAAUGAGAGGUUAACAUUCAAAAUGUUAUAAAUUCUUAAUAUUUUCUUUCUACUUGUUUUUGAUGUUUUAUUUUAAUGGUAUCAUAUUUGAUUAUUUUUCAA